AUGAGCUCGGAGAAGCCAAACUUUCUGUCCCAGCCGGUCGUGAAGAACAUUUUCAUGUUCCGCAAUGGGGAUCCGUACUACGAGGCACGACGGCUUGUGAUAAACCAAAAGAGGGUGUCAAACUUUGAGACCUUACUCAAAGAGGUGACUGGCGGGAUACAAGCCCCGUUUGGAGCGGUGAGAAACAUCUAUACACCGAGAGGAGGGCACAAAGUGGACUGCCUCGAUAGCCUUCAGACCGGGGAGCAAUACGUGGCUGCUGGGAGGGAGAGAUUCAAAAGGAUGGAUUAUCUACAGAUUGGCACAAGAAAGAAGAGACUGAUGCAGACUCUACCAAUUCAGGCCAAACCGCUGCCACCAAAUCGGAUCAUCGUGUCAGCUCGAUUCCUGAAGCCCCUCAAAGAGCCAUGUACAAUAUUUGUGGUAGCAAAUGGUGAUGUCUUGAACCCUGCCAUGAGACUGUUAAUCCACCAGAGGAUGCUCAGCCAGUUCGACAAAAUACUUGAGAUGGUCACAGAGAAGAUGGGUUUGAGAGUCCUGGGCGGAGUUCGUAGUCUGUAUACCUAUGAAGGCCACCAGGUGACUGAUGGGAAUCAUCUGGAGAGCAGGCAGCUCUAUGUGGCUGUGGGGAGAGAGAGGUUUAAGAAACUGCCAUACAGUGAUCUACUUUUCACCAAACCCAGAGAGACGAGGAGAGUCAAUGGAAUGAAAGCUUACUCUCUACCGCCCAUCUACAGAUUCUCCAAGCAAAAUGGAAAUGCUAAGUCUACAGUCAUGUGCAGCGACAGUGGAGAUGGAGACUCCAAGGCCUCUCCUCCAGGCCACACAAGCAACAACAAGGAGCAUCUGUCCUCCAUUGUCAGAGACAUCUCUCAGGCCAGACUCUUCUCCCUGAGGAAGAAGAGGAGUGGACAGAGCAUGACCCUCAGCAUCGCUGAUAAUGGUAAUGCAGAAGCACACACAACUGUCUGA